AUGAAUCCCUCACAGCUCCUCCUCCAGCUCGACCUGCUGCUCAGCAGGAACGGCACCCACAUGUCCGACGAGCUGCGCCAGAACCGCAUCGCUCGCAGCAACACCCCCUCGGGCGCCACGGACCACAUCAUGAACCUCUGCGCCUCCAAGGCCGAGGUUGACGCGAAGCUGUGGAUUGUGGACCGCAUCCUUGAGCCCCAGACCAUUCCGCACUUCAUCGAGGCCAGCAUCGGGGGCCGGCUGCCGAGCGGCAGGCCGUCCGCGCUCCCGCCCCUGGACCCUGAGGUCCUCAUGCUCAUGCAGCAGCCCUUCAGCGAGUGGGCGCUCCCACCCCUCGACGCCAGCCAUGAUGUCCUCGUCACACAGGUCAUGAUCCGCAUCGGCUCGUUCGAGGACCCGGACCGCCUCGUGAGCAUCUCCAAAGAGCUGCAUGCCAUGAAGUCGCGCAUCUGGGAAGGCAUCAUGCCCAUCUCCGAGCGUCGCUGGCAUGACCUGCGCCUCGACGACGCGGAAAACUUUCACGAGGCCUGCCAGUACAUUGCUGCUGUCACAAACGUCUUUCACUACUUCAAUAUGCCGCCUAUCAAAGCUGCCCUGCGCGAGACGUACAACCUCAUCUGGGACCACCUCGACGCCUUCGAAAAGGCAGUCAAUGCCAAACGCGCCAUCGAGGACAAGGAGCCCGUGCUGCUCACUUCGCGAUGGCAUGAAUUCAUUUCAGAUCACUUCCAGAGCAUCUCCAAUCGCUCCCACCAUUGGGCCAUCAGCCACGUCGAGCGCCUUCGCGGACCGAUCCUUGAGGACCUUGCCAACCAGGCGCCCGCGCAAUCGUUCAUGCUAUUCCCAACUUAUGAUGACCAAAUGUGGGACCUCACAAACAAGAUUCACGAUUUGGUCGAGAACGCCGCCCAGGCAGACACCGCCAUCUUCAUCCCCAUGGACGGGUACAAGGGCGGUGAUCUGCCGUCGCAGGACGAUGUCCCUGGGCCUGACAUGAGCAAUCCUUACCGCGAGGAGCCGAUUCACUUCGCCGCAAACACUAUGGUACGCAAAGCGGACUACUACUGUCGGCUCAAGUACCUCUCGCGGGUGGAGACGUGGACGGAGCGCAGCGACGGCGAUGAUCCGUUGGGAAGCAAAGAGGGACCGGCUGAAUCAGCCCGCAGCCAGGUCAGGGCGCAGAACAAGGCGAGGAUAGAGCUGCGAGGAAAGGCCGCGGAUGAGCUCCCUGGGGAGGAGCUUUGGGUCACGAGUGCGCAGCGCGUUCUGUCCAUGCCUAAGCAUGAAUGGGAAUGGGCAUACGUGGGCUACCGUCUCUCACACGACCAUACCGACGAGGAAUGGGACGCAUUCAAGAACAAGUUUGAGUUGGAUAUCUCGAACUGGGGCGCGGAGCUGGAAGGCGUCGACAAGAUAAAGGGGCGUUCCAAGGUCGAGUGGCGGGACGCGAGGGACUUGGGCAUCCCGGACGGCGACGUUGCCGCCGCUAGAGAGCACUUCCAGUCGCUGAGAGACUCCGACGCCGUCAAGGGCGCUCGCACCGAUAUCCUCCUGGCCGCCGACAAGGCCGUCAUCGACUCCUACCUUGCCCCUCCGUCCGACCAGGGAGGCUUCGUGCUUGCCAUUGACGUGGAUUACGAUCCAAAGGACAACGACCCCCAACGGGCUGAGGAGUCUCCGGGCUACGAGGGGACGCUGCGCAUUCUUGGGAGCCUGCUUUGGGACGACGUGGGUGCGAUGCUGCAGACGCAGACGCAGCACCUCGCGGACCUGUGGCCGCUGGCCAUGAACGACAAGAGACGGGUGUAUCAAGGGCCACUGCCCAAAGCUUCGGAAGAUUAG